CACGCGGGGAGGCGGGCGCUCGGGCGGGUGCAGGAUGGUGGCAGCGGCGUCGGCGGCGUCGGACGGCGGGUAGAAAAUGGCGGAUUUCGAGGAGCUGAGGACACAAACAUGGUGACCGUUAUAAGAAAAUGUCGCCUACAAAGACGAUCAAGAUACAUAGCUAAGCCACAGAAAGCUACUUCAUUAGCAUUGGAAACUUCUGCCAUGCAAAAUAUGGUAUCAAGUUUUCGGGUCUCUGAACUACAAGUGCUGUUGGGCUUUGCUGGACGUAACAAAAGCGGGCGCAAACAUGACCUCCUGAUGAGAGCUUUGCACUUGCUGAAGAGCGGCUGCAGCCCGGCGGUUCAGAUAAAGAUCCGAGAGCUCUACAGGCGGCGCUACCCCCGGACGAUAGAAGGCCUUUCUGACUUGUCCGCUCUCAAGCCUUCCGUCUUCAACUUGGACAGCAGCUCGUCUCCCGUGGAAACAGACCUCAGUGGGUUCCAGCCCCAGGCAAUACCCUCAACUUCGAUCACCCCUCAGUCCCCUUCCUCACCACUUGGUUCAGUGCUGCUUCAGGACACAAAGCCUCGCUUUGAGAUGCAGCAGCCGUCCCCGCCCAUUCCGCCGGUGCAUCCCGAUGUCCAGCUGAAGAGCCUCCCAUUUUACGACGUGCUCGACGUUCUCAUCAAACCUACAAGUUUAGUACAGAGCAGUAUUCAGAGGUUUCAAGAGAAGUUCUUCAUCUUUGCUUUAACACCUCAGCAAGUCAGAGAAAUCUGUAUUUCCAGGGACUUCUUGCCAGGAGGCCGAAGAGAUUACACUGUGCAAGUCCAACUGAGGUUGUGCCUGGCUGAGACUAGCUGCCCUCAAGAGGAUAAUUAUCCAAGUAGUUUGUGCAUAAAAGUAAAUGGGAAACUUUUCCCAUUGCCGGGAUAUGCUCCACCGCCCAAAAAUGGGAUUGAGCAAAAGAGACCCGGGCGUCCACUGAAUAUCACAUCGUUAGUUAGGUUAUCCUCUGCAGUGCCAAAUCAGAUUUCCAUUUCCUGGGCAUCUGAAAUUGGAAAGAAUUAUUCAAUGUCUGUGUAUCUUGUGCGCCAGCUCACCUCAGCCAUGUUGUUACAGAGGCUAAAGCUGAAGGGUAUUCGAAACCCAGAUCAUUCGAGAGCGCUAAUUAAAGAGAAACUGACUGCCGAUCCAGACAGUGAAAUUGCAACUACCAGUCUGCGGGUAUCGCUGAUGUGUCCUCUGGGGAAAAUGAGACUGACAAUCCCCUGCCGAGCUUGUACUUGUACUCACCUGCAGUGCUUUGAUGCUGCUCUCUAUCUUCAGAUGAAUGAGAAGAAACCCACCUGGAUCUGCCCUGUGUGUGACAAGAAGGCUGCUUACGAGAGCCUCAUAUUGGAUGGGCUCUUUAUGGAAAUUUUAAACGAAUGUUCGGACGUGGAUGAGAUCAAAUUCCAGGAGGAUGGAACCUGGUGUCCCAUGAGGCCGAAGAAGGAGCCUCUGAAAGUUGCUGGCCCACAUUGCACAAAAAUAGAAAGUUCCAGUGUUGUCGGCAAGCCGUGCUCCACGCCAGUGGCUGGCAGUGAAGUCAGCAAGAAGAAGGUCGAUGUGAUUGACCUUACCAUAGAGAGCUCAUCCGAUGACGAAGAUGACACGCCCCCCAAAAGGAAAUGCAUAUACAUGUCUGAAACGCAAGCAAGUCCCACCAAAGGGGUGCUCAUGUAUCAGCCGUCUUCUGUCCGAGUCCCUGGGGUGAACGCAGUGGAUCCUGCCGCUAUUCCACCGUCAUUAACUGACUACUCCGUACCAUUCCACCACCCACCAAUGUCAAGUAUUUCAUCAGACUUGCCUGGUCUGGAUUUUCUUUCCUUAAUCCCAGUUGAUCCACAGUCUCACCUCGACGUUGCCCACAAGCACCACCCCCGGCAACAUCAUCACCUCCACCAGCCACCACGAGAGCAGCACGCGCGUUAGCUCCUCGGGCCGGAGCGAGACGGCCGUCAUCACAAGCAGCGGGACCAGCAUGCCCGAUAUCAUCUCCCUGGACUGAGAGAGAGACUCGCCCGCCUCUCCUGUUGCAUGCAUGGACCCUUGGACCUUACGGUGGCGUAUUUAUUGAAGGAGAGACGGCUGUGGAUUUUGUUACCUCCUGCAAGUGGAUUGACAAAACCAGUGCAAGAAGACAACUGACUGGAAGGAUAUUCUUCCCUCCCCUCCCUCCCUCCUUCCCUCCCCCCUCCUGACCGUUUUGGAGGCACACAAUCUGUUUUGGAACAAGUCAGGCCUUCAAGCUCAUUAUAAAGAAACUGACAUGGUUUAGUUGCUGCAUGGAUUAGUGGGGGACGGGGUCCCAAUGUGGAUUUUAAUGCGUUACCAACAGCAAUAAUGUAAAAAAAACAAAAGCGCCCAAGCUUUUUUGUAAAGUACAAAGCACUUACUCUGGAUUUACCAGAGCCUGUGUAACCCACACGAGAGGAAGGACUUGCGAUGUUUAAAUUCUCCUUUCCCUGGAGUGCGUCUUUGAUGGAGAAGGAAAGUGAAGUUUGGGGAAAGCUUCCUUCCCGCCAUCCUGUCCCAACGUUUUAUCUCCAUCCCAUUUUCCAAAUCGGGCAUGAAUUAUUGCUCUGAGGAACUGCUCGUGUAACAGUGCAACAGAAGAAAGCAAAGCUUGAAACAAAACGACAAUUUUUGCCCCCUGCAGAGAGUUUGUGGGGGGAAGAGAAUGCUAUGCAAAGUCAGCUCCAUACCCCAUAUCCAUGUUCAUAAAACAAAUGUGAAUGCAAACCCAGCCAUCACCUUCAGGACCAGGCGAUUGGUUCUCCUUGGAUGAAGGAAGAGGGAUUCCCGCUUCUCUUGCAAGCCAUGCCCUACAAGAGGGGCCGGUGCGUCAGACGUGAAUGUGACUUGGUGCCACAUUUUGCCUCCAUUAUGUGAUGGACUUUUUUUUGGGGGGGGGGGGGGCAGUUCUAUGGUAAACAAGGCUUAUACUCAGCUACGUCAGAGUAGCUGUGAAAACGAAAUACUUGAUCGCAUCCAUAGAUAAUCUUUGCCAAAUUGCCAGGGUUUGUUUUUUUUUUAACAUCCUUUUCCCACUAGAGAUGCUAAUAGAUCCCUUGAGCGGCAUGUGUACAGGUAGUUCACCUUCUGCAGAGGCCGCGUUUAAGGAGGCCACGCACACCGUUUUUACCCAUCUGCAGACAGUUCCCAAGUAUCUUGGGAAUAAGAAUACCAAUGCAGCUGGUGUGCAGCUCCUUUAUUUGGAAUGUUCUUAACCACCCAUUUCCCCAUGCUGGGAAUCCCGUCAGCGACGGAAGAAAUACACGGAUUGGCUUUUUAAAAAUUAGAAUUCACUAUCCCGGGGGGCGGAGGGGGGGGGCGUUCAUAGCUAGGCACAACAUGAGCAACAUUGGUGGUACAUUGGUUAACAGGCACACCUUUUGAGGUGUGUUGACAGGCGUUCAAAGCACACAGCAUCCUACCGUGACGUUUUACUAGAAGUUGCAGGGCUGGAAAUACAGGCUACCCCAUACUCUAGCGGUCGUAAAGUUGUGGCAUGUGGAUUUUCCUGACCGUUGAUAGCAGCUGGGGUGGGAUUCUAGCAGGAGCUCCUUUGCAUAUUAGGCCACACGUCCUUGAUGUAGCCAGUCCUCCCAAGAGUUUACAAAAAAAAGAGCCUACUGUAAGCUCUUGGAGGAUUGGCUACAACGAGGUGUGUGGCCUAAUAUGCAAAGGAGCUCCUGCUAGAAAUCCACCUCCAGAUAGGAGGGAAUCCUGCUGACCACGAGAGCCUGCAAAUAUCUUUCCGCAUGAGGGAGCCCUGCAACUUCUUAGUAAUAAUGUGGAAGAGGGGGGAUUUCAGACGUUCCUUUUCCUUUUGGGGGCCCCUCAAAAUUGGAGCCACCUGCAUUUUGAUAAGAGCUCCUCUAAUCGUCAAAUGCCAUCUUUUACAGCAAUUACUUUUUCAGUUUCUUCUCCCUCUCCCACCUUCAUUUCUCGGAUGUUACCCUGUUAAGAAUUAAAUACUUCAUUCUCCCA